CUUGUGAGUUAUAAACACUUAGAAUGUUACAGAAUUUUGCUUAUUAACAACGUUUAAGAUUUAGCAGUUGUUUUACUAUAGUAGGCAUUAUGGUAAUCCCGUCUUCAUGGCUGAAUGAGAAGUAUUUAAAAGACAUCCUUAAAUCAAAUGAAGAGUUUGGAGUCAGUAAUGGAGAGUUGUCCAUACAAAGCUACGUUACAGGCCCGGGGGUCGAGAGAGGCCGUAACUUUGCAAGUAAUAUUACUAAGGUUGAAAUUGACUAUAAUGUCGACGGUCUCAAAGAUUCUCUCAAAAUCUCACUCAUGAUCAAAGUGCCUUUGACAAACGAUAAUCUGGACACUCUUGCCCAAAAUGAGCUUGACAUGUACAACGAGGUGAUCCCAUUAAUGUGUGAACUAGCCAACUUAACAGUUACUCCCAAGCGAUACAAAAGCUCCAUACCCGAAUACUUGGUAUUGGAAGAUUUGAACGCUGCCGGAUAUACAAUGUGCGAUUCAAUUAAGAAACUGGACUACAAACACGUCAAAGCGGCAUUAAUUGCUGUUGCCAAAUUUCAAGCAGCAUCGAUCACUGUGAAACACAACUCACCGAGACUCAUUGAGCAAAAUGGGGCCGAAACCGUUUACACUCAUGAUCCACAAUACGCGGAAAUAUUCAAACCUCAAAUUUUAAUGAGACUCUACGGUGUUGCGAAAGUGUUGCAAACCAUCAACGGGUGUGAAAAGUUUGGAGACAUCUUACUCGACACGGGAGAGGAAUUUUGGGAUUUGAUUGUGGAAGUGUUUAAACCGACAAACAAACUGAAUGUGCUAAACCACGGAGACUUUUGGACAAAUAAUAUUUUGUUCAAAUACGACAGUUCGGGUUGUAUCAGUGACGUUAAACUGGUUGACUAUCAGUUGCGGAGGUUUGGUAGUCCUGCGAUAGACUUACUUUACUUGUUCUGGACAAGUGCAGACGACGGAGCGCGCAUGAGAAUGUUCGAGUUGCUGGAAAUGUAUCGCCACACACUAAAUGGCUGCCUUGCUGAGACUGGAUGUCCGGAACGCCUCGGCAGACUAGAGCUGAAGGAACAUGUGUCCAAAUGUAGCCCGAUCAUCUUACUCCUCUGUCUCUACCUGCCUUUGAUAUUUCCUGACCCUGAAGACCCUUUUGACGUAAGUAAGAUAGAAACCUUGGGUGAGAACAGUUUGUCCAGUUUUGACUUUGACACCAACCCUCUUUUAAUACCCUUCAAAGCUCAGUAUUACCGACAGGCUUUGCCAGAAAUAUGUAAAGAGUUGGAAACUCUGAAAAUAUUUCAGGUGUUGAUGAAAAACAAGAAAAAAGAAAGCUGAUAUGUGUUUCAACGACUUACUGUAAUCAGAAUAGUAAUUAAGAUUGUAUUAUGUUUUAAAUACAUUUUAGCCUUAAGAAUAACUUUUCUCACACAUAUAUUUACACUUAAAAGU